AUGCUGAGAGAGCGCGAGAAGUGGGAGGCCGUGGCGAGGCUGGUACAGAACAGCGACAGGGCGAGGGAGAGAGAAGCCCGAGAUCGGGAGCAAGAGCGGCGACCGCGAGAAAGCGACAGCGAGGGUACCUCGUCGGCGGCAAAUGUCAGAAGGAGACCGAGACCGGAGGCGGCGCUGAUUAAGCUGAAGGGUGAGAACGGCAUGGAGGAAGUGCUGAGACGGGUCAGGAAGGUAGACAUAACGGGGGUCAGCACCAGGAUAGAAGGCAUAACAAAGACACGGACGGGUGAUAUACUCCUGAGGGUAGAGAGAGGGGUGGGAAAGGCUGUGCCGGUGCUGAAUACGAUUAAGGCCGCCAUUACGGACCGGGAAGUAAUGCUCCUGGAGGAGAACUGUAAGCUAGCCGUACGGGAUUUAGAUGCCGUGACUACAAAGGAGGAAGUGCUCGAGCCCAUACUGAGAGUGGAGCCGAAGGCUAGGUGCCGGAUGAAGACGAUGGUGGCAACUGAGAGAGGGCAGAUGGUGGCGUAUGUUUUCGUCGACCGGGCAACGGCGGAUGCGAUCACAAGAACAGGUUUCCUCAGGGUUGGCCUGACGUCGUGCAGGGUGAGAGUGCUGGUGGAGCAGGCGCGAUGCGUAAGAUGUUGGGAAGUAGGGCACAUAGUGGCAAAGUGUACGGGCGCGGAUAGGCGCCGCAUGUGCUUUAUGUGCGGGAAGGCGGGACACCAGGCCAGGGAGUGCGCGGGUGAAAACGAAUGUUUUGUGUGCGAGGGAGUUGAGCCAGGUACUGGCAAGGGACAUAGGGCGUAUACGACGGGGUGCCCGCACGACAAGGGACGGGUGGGGGUGGCGCCAAACCCCGUAGUGAAGGAGGUGACGCUUGCGCGUGAAGGUUCUCUUAAUAAUAGUAGAGUGGCCUUGGACAUGGCGGGGAAAGUAGCAAGUGAAGUGGGGGCGGAGGUACUUGUGCUCUCGGAGGUAGGUCCGGACACUAGGGGGAUGCGUGUGUUCAGGGACGUGACAGGUGCGGCAGGGAUAAUGGCGACAGGUGGAGUGAUUGUGGACAAAGUUGGACAGGGGUUGGAGGCAAAGGGACUAUAA